AUGUCUCUCAUCGACACAGCCGGAUUGCCAUAUCAGACUAUUUUUGUGAAAAUUGUGUCCUACAUGAUUACGACGAACAUUGAUGUAGCCGAUGGCUUAGCAAAUGGCGCCGUUGGUAAAUUAGUGCAUAUAGAUUAUGACAACGCUGGAGAAUACGUACAAAAAAUUUCGAUGUCGCAGGCUACUACAUUGUCUUCGAACACAGCCGAUGUGACCGCUGCGCCGGCUAAUCUCGCCGUUGCGCCUAGUUCCAGUGCCGCCGCUAACCACACCGCGGGGACCGUUGCAUCCAAUUUGAUCGCUCCGGGCAACAAUUGGCUGAUGCUGGAAACGUGUGCCGCUAAUAGUGCAGCUGCCCCACAACAAGCCUCGGUGGCGCAUCGCGAAAACCUGAAUGCUGGUAUUGUAUAUGGAACUCCCUCCGCGCCUAAUACAGCGCACGCCAUGCCAUCCGGUCGACUUCUGCUCCAGGGAAACCCGCCGAUUAGCCCCGCUCACUCCAUUAACUCUGUUGGCUCGCAAGGGCUUCGCCGUCGAGCUGAGCUUAUACAGGAGCGAAGCGAAAUUUUACGACAGAGGGAGGCUUUGUUAAGAGAGGAGUUUUUUUUGGAUCGCAUAGAUGCGAUGGGCUUUGACGAUGACCUAGAUGAUGGACAAUGCACUGUACCUAGGUUUUCAACUUCCGCGCAUGAUUCAGGUCCACAUUCAACGCAAAUUAUACAGCCACCUCUAAAUUUUAUUACACCUUUCAACAAAGCUGCUUCCGGUGCCAAUAAUUUUACCAAUAGAGGCUCUGCCCGGGACGAUGUCAAUUUGAUAAGUGGAUCAAAUGCAUCAAAUGCAUCAAAAGCAUCUGUUCUUCAAGGUCUAUUAGACAGAAUACAGUCACUCGAACAGCAAGUACACAGGUAUUCGACACUCAAUCGAGGAUAUUCUCCGCCACAACCGCAACCGGCACAAACUACUUUGCCAACAGCUGAGCACGUUAAUAGUUUAUCUUUCGGUGCCUCGACUUCUCGACGCUUGAGUAGAGACCAGAUUGCUUCUCGUAACAGCCUUGCUAAAGACUUGCCGAAAUAUGAUGGCAAGCCAACUGAGUGGCCGUUAUUUUAUGCCGCACAUAACCAAUCGACUGAGGUUUGUGGAUUCUCGGACGAUGAGAAUCUUAUAAGACUGCGGCAGGCAUUGGAAGGGCCAGCACGGAAUGCAGUUAAAAAUUUAUUGUUGCAUUCCUCUUGCGUGCCCCAAAUUAUUGCUACCCUUCAAAUGCGAUUUGGACGACCAGAAUUAAUUAUCAGCGUUCUACAGCGACAAAUUUAUGAGCUUCCAUCACCGUCAGAGAGUCAGCUGGAAUCGAUCGUCGACUUCGCCGUAGAAGUGCAGAACAUCUGCGCAACAAUGUCUGCGUUAGGCCUGACCAGCCAUUUGAAUAAUCCCGAUCUCGAACAGAAGCUGGUUUCGAAAUUGCCUGGGCUACUACCAGCUUAUUGGGGAAUGCAUAAGCAAAGUUUACCGAUCUGUAAUUUACAACAUUUCAGUGAUUGGCUUCUCCUACUAGCACAAGGCGCCAACUCUGUUAUCGUGCCAAAGGAGUCAUCAAAGGUGCGCAAACGGGGCGCAAUUAAUUAUCAUUUUAAUGCGGGCCAUUCUGCAGCUGGCUACAAAUCGACUGCACCUUGCAAUGUUAAUAGUUGUACCCGGAAUCACCAUCCUCUCUUGCACAACGCAGAGUUAGUUGCUAAAGACGCUCCAAACAAUGGCAAGAGCGUAACUACAAUGCGGGCUGUCAACGUUAACAUGCACAAUGUGGGCCAAGGCAGUACCAUUUUCCGUGUCCUUCCCGUAGUUCUACACUCAAGCGAACGGAGUGUAUCAACAUACGCUUUCAUAGACGAUGGCUCGUCGCUCACCCUUAUCGACGAAGAGCUGCUGAAUAAACUAAAUAUAAAGGGCACACCACAACCACUGUGCCUGCGCUGGACUGGUGAUACACAUCGGUAUGAGGACGAGUCUGUCGUUGUCGACUUAGCCAUAUCAGCUAAAAACGGUAAUAAGAAAUUCGGGCUUAAAGGCGUUCACACAGCCAAAAAGCUUGACCUGCCUCUUCAAUCAAUUGACGCUGCUAAGCUGCAGUCCAAAUUUCAAUAUUUGAAAAGAUUGCCUCUGGACUCCUAUUCAAAUGCGGUACCACAACUAUUGAUUGGUUUAAACAACGCUGCGCUUGAUUCUCCAAGCAAAUCUUUAUAUGGCCUUGAAAAUGAGCAAAUAGCAGAGAAGUCCAAACUCGGAUGGACAUUGAAAGGACAAGCAUCAAGUACAAACCAUGAUGCGGCGCACCCUGUCUUUCACAUUUGCGACUGCUCCACACAGGCUGAACUCGUUAAAAUUACUAAGUCGUACAUUUGCCUCGAUAAUUUAGGCGUGCCAGCCAAAUCUUCUGCGUUAAUGUCGAAAGAGGACGAACUUGCUAUGGUGCAGCUACAACAACACACUGUGCGAGUUGGCAAUCGAUAUCGAACCAGCUUAUUGUGGAAGCAUCCUAAAAUCCAGCUACCCAAUAGCCUACCAAUGGCCUUAUUUCGAGCGAAGUGUUUGCUGAAGAAGAUGCAACGCGACCCUAACUUGACUGAGGUGCUUCAGCAAAAAAUUGAUGAUUAUAUUCAAAAGGGGUACGCUAGACGUAUGACACCAGUCGACAGCGCCGUUGAAAGAUACUGGUAUCUACCGGUUUUUGCGGUAAUUAACCCCAACAAACCAAGCAAGGUGCGCUUAGUCUGGGACGCAGCCGCGAAGGUUGAUGGUAUGAAUACCAUGUUGCUUAAAGGCCCAGACCUAACGACCCCAUUGUUGUCGGUGUUGUUUAAAUUUCGACAAAAGCGAAUUGCCAUGUCGGCCGAUAUUGCUGAGAUGUUUCACCAAGUUCAAGUCCGGGAACAAGAUCAAAAUUUCAUGCGUUUUCUUGGAUAUGAACAGAAUGACAACGAGCCAACUACAUUCGUGAUGACGGUUAUGACCUUUGGGGCCACAUGUUCGCCCAGCUGCGCUCAAUAUGUCAAGAACAAAAAUGCAGCCGAAUUUCGUGAAGAGUUCCCUGGUGCUUCGCAGUGCAUAAUAGAAAACCACUACGUCGACGAUAUGUUAGUUAGCGUGGAUACUGAAGAAGAAGCUAUUAAGUUAGCGAGAGAUGUGCGUCAUGUACAUGCGAUGGGAGGUUUUCACAUAAGAAAUUUUUUAUCGAAUUCAAGUCGUGUGCUAACCGCCCUAAAUGGCAGCUCCACUGAUGCACUAUGCCUUGAUUUUGAGAACGAGCAGCCAACUGAGAAGGUACUAGGCAUAUGCGGCGACCGACAAAGCGCGAAGUUUUGA